AUGGCAGCAUUUCUACCUUUAGCGUCACCGAUCCCAAAAAAGGAUAAUCGCGAUAGUGAAGAUGGUGAUGAAAAUAGCAAUAGUUUCCAAAUUGAUUAUUCAUUCGCACACGAGUAUAAAGGCCCUUACAUUGCUAAUGUGCCACGAGCUAAUCCCGUCGAAGUUGAUGAGAUUCCCACGGCUCUUCCCGUUUCGUUCUCUUCACUGUCCCGUGGUGUCUCUUACCCUGUGGUACAACCCUUCGUUAGGACUAAUAAGGUUAGCAAGAAGCCACCUGAAUCUGGACCCGAGAAGAAGAACGAUGAUUUAAGAGCUUCUGAUUGUUCUAAUGGUGUGGAGGCGGAUGACGAACCUGUGAACCGUGUGAAGUUCGCUGUGCCAAGUGAGGGUAGUGAAUGCGAUGAAAGCUCUUACAUUUCCGAUGGGGAAAGGAGCCUAGGGAAGUGUUCACGAAUGCUGAAGCGCCUUCUCACGGAUUCAGAGCUUCAGCAAGUCAUGAGCGCCGAGACCUCCUGCAAGGCGAAUCAGUUGCCUUCGCGGCUCAUUGCUGUCAAUGACAAGCCUUUAAGUGAAGAAGAGCUUUACACUUUGCAGACUUGUCCAAUACCACCCAAAAAGCUAAAACCAGGGGACUAUUGGUAUGAUAAGGUUGCUGGCUAUUGGGGAAAGGUAGGAGAGAAACCUUGCCAGAUUAUAACUCCUCACAUUAACAUAGGAGGUAGUAACAUUAGGGAGAACGCAAGCAAUGGUGACACGGAGAUUUUCAUUAACAACCGGCAAAUAACCAAGUCAGAGCUCAUGAUGCUCAAGAUGGUGGGGGUGCAGUGUGAAGGAAAGCCUCAUUUUUGGGUCGAUUCAGAUGGAAAUUACCAAGAAGAAGGUCAGAACCGUGUCAUGGGGAACAUUUGGAAUAAGAAGGAACCUACCAAGAAGAUGGAACUUACCAAGAAGAAGGUCAGAGCUAGGCUUGCUUGUGCUGUCUUAUCUCUUCCUAUUCCUCCGACUUCAUCUGCAGUAAAAUCAAACGAUGAAGAUAUUUAUAAGCCGAAAAUGCUUAACAAACUUCUUCUGAUUGGUAACGAGAAAUGUGGCGCCACUACGAUGUACAAACAAGCAAGGUCACUCUAUGAAGUCCCAUUCUCUGAAGAAGAGCGUGAAAGAAUCAAAUUCAUAAUCCAAACAAAUCUGUAUGCUUAUCUGGCGAUGAUUCUUGAGGCCCAUGAAAGAUUUGAAGAAGAGAUGAACAAUAACCAGUCCUCGGACCAAACAGGCAAUACCGUAGAUGAGAUCAGCGCUCAAACAGUUAGCUCAAUCAGCCCGAGACUGAAACAUUUUUCAGAUUGGCUUCUGAAAGAAAAGGAAGAAGGAAACCUGAAGAUAUUUCCAGCAUCAAGCCGCGAGAAUGCACAGACCGUUGCAGAUCUCUGGAGAGUACCAGCCAUUCAAGCCACCUACAAAAGACUUCGUGAUACACUUCCCAGAAACGCUGUUUAUUUUCUUGGACGAAUUCUUGAGAUAUCGAGAUCAGAGUACGAACCUUCUGAUAUGGACAUAUUGCAAGCGGAAGGACUUUCGUCUAUGGAAGGACUUUCUUGCGUGGAGUUCUCAUUCCCACCAACUUCUCAAGAAGACUCUCUUGAGACCGAUUAUCAGCACGAUCCAAACAUGAAGUGCCAACUCAUCCGGUUAAAUCCAAGAAGCCUUGGAGAAAACUGGAAAUGGCUGGAAAUGUUUGAAGAUGCUGACUUGGUGAUAUUCUGCGUCUCACUAACAGAUUAUGGAGAGUACAUAGAAGACGGUGACGGGGUUCUUGUGAACAAGAUGAUUGCAAACAAACAGCUUUUUGAGAGCAUGGUGACUCACCCUAGCCUAGCUAACAAAAGGUUCCAUCUGGUUCUAACCAAAUUCGAUCUCCUAGAGGAGAAAAUCGAGGAGGUUCCUCUAAGAACCUGUGAGUGGUUCGAAGACUUCAACCCGUUGAUCAGCCAGAACCAGACGAGCAGACACAACCCUCCGAUGGCGCAGCGUGCUUUUCAUUACAUCGGGUUCCAGUUCAAGAGACUGUAUGACUCGCUCGUGGGACCCUUUUCGAUGCGUGGGAGGACCUUUAAGCCGAAGCUGUUUGUUUCUCAAGUGAGCUUGGAGAGUGAUACUGUGGACAAUGCACUGAGGUAUGCGAGAGAGAUUCUCAAGUGGCAUGUUGAUGAAACUUCCAUGUUCCAAGAGAUGUCCACUACUAGCAUCGACGCCAGCUUAUCCUCUUGAUUCUUCCAAAUUUGAAAAUUCUUUUUUUUUCCUUUUCUUUUACUGUGGGAAUUACAUAAUUUGUGUGAGUGUAUGUAAUUUGUUUGUAUGAUGAUGCGUGCGUGUAGGAGGAGAAGGAACAACAUACAUGUGAUUUGAUUUUUGUGGAAAAGAAAAAAGGAGAAAUAAAGUGAUAAACAUUCAAAUGAAUAAUCAAACAUUCAAAUGAAUAAUGAAAACUAUCCCCCGCGCAUAUAUCUAGUUGCAUUUAAAGGUCU